AUGGUAGAGGUGGAGGUGGGGCAGAAGGGUGGUGUUGUGAGGAGGGGGGUGGGAGAGAUGGUUGAGGUGUGGCUGGUGGGAGGGGUUGGGGUGGGGGGGGGGGGGGGGGGGGGGGGGGGGGGGGGGGGGGGGGGGGGGGGGGGGGGGGGGGGGGGGGGGGGGGGGGGGGGGGGGGGGGGGGGGGGGGGGGGGGGGGGGGGGGGGGGGGGGGGGGGGGGGGGGGGGGGGGGGGGGGGGGGGGGGGGGGGGGGGGGGGGGGGGGGGGGGGGGGGGGGGGGGGGGGGGGGGGGGGGGGGGGGGGGGGGGGGGGGGGGGGGGGGGGGGGGGGGGGGGGGGGGGGGGGUGGGGGGGGGGGGGGGGGGGGGGGGGGGGGGGGGGGGGGGGGGGGGGGGGGGGGGGGGGGGGGGGGGGGGGGGGGGGGGGGGGGGGGGGGGGGGGGGGGGGGGGGGGGGGGGGGGGGGGGGGGGGGGGGGGGGGGGGGGGGGGGGGGGGGGGGGGGGGGGGGGGGGGGGGGGGGGGGGGGGGGGGGGGGGGGGGGGGGGGGGGGGGGGGGGGGGGGGGGGGGGGGGGGGGGGGGGGGGGGGGGGGGGGGGGGGGGGGGGGGGGGGGGGGGGGGGGGGGGGGGGGGGGGGGGGGGGGGGGGGGGGGGGGGGGGGGGGGGGGGGGGGGGGGGGGGGGGGGGGGGGGGGGGGGGGGGGGGGGGGGGGGGGGGGGGGGGGGGGGGGGGGGGGGGGGGGGGGGGGGGGGGGGGGGGGGGGGGGGGGGGGGGGGGGGGGGGGGGGGGGGGGGGGGGGGGGGGGGGGGGGGGGGGGGGGGGGGGGGGGGGGGGGGGGGGGGGGGGGGGGGGGGGGGGGGGGGGGGGGGGGGGGGGGGGGGGGGGGGGGGGGGGGGGGGGGGGGGGGGGGGGGGGGGGGGGGGGGGGGGGGGGGGGGGGGGGGGGGGGGGGGGGGGGGGGGGGGGGGGGGGGGGGGGGGGGGGGGGGGGGGGGGGGGGGGGGGGGGGGGGGGGGGGGGGGGGGGGGGGGGGGGGGGGGGGGGGGGGGGGGGGGGGGGGGGGGGGGGGGGGGGGGGGGGGGGGGGGGGGGGGGGGGGGGGGGGGGGGGGGGGGGGGGGGGGGGGGGGGGGGGGGGGGGGGGGGGGGGGGGGGGGGGGGGGGGGGGGGGGGGGGGGGGGGGGGGGGGGGGGGGGGGGGGGGGGGGGGGGGGGGGGGGGGGGGGGGGGGGGGGGGGGGGGGGGGGGGGGGGGGGGGGGGGGGGGGGGGGGGGGGGGGGGGGGGGGGGGGGGGGGGGGGGGGGGGGGGGGGGGGGGGGGGGGGGGGGGGGGGGGGGGGGGGGGGGGGGGGGGGGGGGGGGGGGGGGGGGGGGGGGGGGGGGGGGGGGGGGGGGGGGGGGGGGGGGGGGGGGGGGGGGGGGGGGGGGGGGGGGGGGGGGGGGGGGGGGGGGGGGGGGGGGGGGGGGGGGGGGGGGGGGGGGGGGGGGGGGGGGGGGGGGGGGGGGGGGGGGGGGGGGGGGGGGGGGGGGGGGGGGGGGGGGGGGGGGGGGGGGGGGGGGGGGGGGGGGGGGGGGGGGGGGGUUGGAUGGGGGGGGGGGGGGGGGGGGGGGGGGGGGGGGGGGGGGGGGGGGGGUCUGGGGGGGGGGGGGGGGGGGGGGGGGGGGGGGGGGGGGGGGGGGGGGGGGGGGGGGGGGGGGGGGGGGGCUGA